AUGGCAAUGGCAAGUCCGCCGCCAACUCCAGCCGUGGCAGCCCAGCCAACAUUCAAUCACCCUGGCGGGACUGGCCUUCGAGAAUUGAUCGGCGGAAGCGAACAAGAUCGCUCUCUGAGGAUACUCCAGCAUGGCCACUACUCCGACCUCACCGUAACCUGCCAGGGUCACACCUUCAGUGCCCACAAAUCCAUCCUCAUCUCCAAAGGUGGCGACUUCUUCGAAAGAGCAAUCUGCGCGGGAUUUGCCGAGACUGAGAAGUCCAAAAUCGACCUUCCUGAAGAUGAUCCUAACAUCAUUGCUCGAAUCCUUCGCUACAUCUAUACGGCUGACUACGACGCUUGCAUCGUAUUCGAUCCACUUGCGGCGCUCAGUAAAAAGUCUGGUCGGGAGGGCGCUGUUGAUGAAUCUCAGUACAUUGGUUCGAGACCAGCCAAGGCACUUCUACACGCUCAUAUGUUUGCUGCAGCGACCAAAUUUGGCAACUACAGCCUGAAGCAAUCUGCACGUCGCGCCUUCUUCCGCGAGCUAACUGAUGGCGGGAGAUAUGGGCCCUGUCUCCACAGAGACCUCCCUGACGUCCAAAGACUCUUCGCCGAAGUUUACGAAUCAACGCCACCAGAUGAGCGCGAGCUCCGCGAUAUCUGUCUGUAUUGGCUCCUGACGGAGCGCCAUAGCUGCUCGCACAGUGUUGAUUGCGGACACCGUACAACCUGGCUAUUGCUCAAGUCAAUUCACGAUUUGGCCGUGGACUUUGCUACUCACAAGUUUCGUGCAAACUUUGGCAAAUGCCAGUCCUGCUCGAAAUCGUUCUCAUGGAUCGUCGGCCCGUGCGCGUGCGACCUCUGGCCUAACCGCUGCCACAAGCCUGGCUGCAAGGCAGCUGCUCAUGCCAGCGCGCAAUGCUAUUUGUGCGGUGGAAAAGGGGCGAAAGGCUGA